AUGGAGGACGUUGGGGUCAAUAACGACACGGUGCAUCCCGAAGCGCGGGCAUACAUCACCAGCUUGGUGUCUGCACUCGGUGGCUACGGCGUCGACGAUGAUGGUGGCUAUACUCUCGGAGACGACGCCCUCGAGGUGCUACGCGACCUUAAGAGAUGGGUCCGUUUCUACGACGAAAGAACGAACCGAAUGGACGUCGCUCGAUGCUUGGCCGAGUCGAAUCUUGUCACCUCCGACCUCCUACAAAUUAUGGCCAAGUGGGUGUCCAAUGAAAGCAGUAGCAAGUACAUGGAGCGGAUUGCCUUUGCCUGCUUGGAGAUCAUGGUGCCGCUCACCUGGCCCAUCGAGCGAGACAGCGAGACCAUGACGGUCAACCACCAUCGCCACCUGCCCGUCCUACAACUUGCCCAGCUGGGCUACAAACGCGCCAUUAUAAACUUCGAUGUCGCGCCAAUCCUCAGCACCGCUGUCAGGAUAGCCCUGCCAUGCAUGGCAAUCCCGAACGGUGAUCGGUCGUCUCGCGACCAGGCUACCAUCAAGCUUAUCCUAUACUUCUUGCGAAAUAUUGCCAUGAUUGCCCCUCCACCGGGCCUCAAGUACGAGGGCGAUGAGACCCAAGUCUCCCGGUCGACCCUUAUCGACGCGUUUACCUUCCAAGACAUUUUUUUGACGAUACUCACCAUCGCUUCCAACAUGGGCGAGGACUUCCGGACCGAGGACGUGAUCAUUCUGGAUAUCAUUUUCCACAUCGUAAAACGGGUCGACUCGAGCAAGCUGUUCGUGAGCGAGAAGCGGCUGCACAAGAUAAAGGAGGACGAGCUGACGGCGGCCAUGAGGAAGGAGGCGGCCAUGCUGAAAUCGUACAACAAAAAUGCGCCAACUCGACACAGCCGUUUUGGGACAAUGAUUUGGGUCAAGCGAGAGAGCGGCAAGCUUGCGACAGUUUCGGGCCAGGAUGCGUUGCUGGACGCUGCCACGCGCGAGAGGAAGAUGGACAGCAACAAAAGCUUUAAGCCGCCUAGGCGUGCCAGGAAAGAGGAUAUGGAACCCAAGGACCUCGGCCCUCGAGUAUCUCUCGAUGAGAGAGCCCGCCGGCAACUUCAGUCCUUUGUGUCCGAGUUCCUCGACUCCGGCUUCAACCCGUUAUUUUCGCACGUGAGGAGAUCACUCGACCGCGAGGCACCGCACGUGCUGCAAUCCCACCACAGCCAAUUCUUUUAUCUAGUAGCAUGGUUCCUGGAAGCGGAACGGAUGCGCAAAAAGGCGGCAAAGGAUUCUAAGAAUCAAACCUCAACGGGCGAAGAUGUGGGGAGCUUCAACCUGGUUGCCGAGGUGCUCAACCAGGAAAUGUUUAUCACCAUGAGCCGUACCUUGGAUCGCGCCUAUGGCGACAAAGAUUGGCGGCUCUUGACCACAGUCAUGCGCUGCUUUACCCAGAUUCUCCUAACCAUACAAGAAAUGGCCAGUUCGGGUAACGAAGAAAACGAGGAGAUCGCAGACAAUAUCCUCAGCCGUCUCUUCUACGAGGAGACAACACACGAUCUGAUCGCAAAUAUUGUUCGCACGUAUAAAGACCAGGGGUUCGAAUACCUUGAUGCUUGCACCGAACUCACACAUACCUUUGUCCGCAUCCUCGAGGCAUACUCGAAGGAGAACGUCGACCUGCAAGUCCGUUCCCGGAAGAGGACACGACGGAAGAAGAAGGCGGCCAAAGCUGCGGGAGACCAAGGGGACGACGAAGGCCAAGGCGAUGCCGAAGACGACUCGGCAGAUGAUGAGAGGCAGGCCGAGAAGACAAGCCAAGAGAGGAAGUUCGACUUCAAGCGAUUUGCCUUGAGGUUCGCGCCCCAGGGCGUGGUCGAUACAUUUGUCACCUUCACCAAAUACUACCGGGAUCUUGACGACUCUCAGCUGAAGCGAGCCCAUCGGUACUUCUUUAAGCUUGCCUUCAAGCAAGACAUGAGCGUCAUGCUGUUCCGCUUGGACAUCAUCCACCUGUUUUACAACAUGAUCAAAGGCCCGGAGCCGCUCGACAAGAGCUCGUCCAUGUACAAAGAGUGGGAAGAUCUCGCGAUGCAAACCAUACGGAAAUGCGUGAAGAAGCUUGAAGAGCGGCCAGCACUGUUUACGGAGUUGUUGUUCUCGAAAAUCACCAGCACCGCUCACUAUCUCGAAUACGGCCACGAGAAGCAGACCAUCUCCAACCCCAGGCCGGCCGCCGAGCUCGAGUUCAAACGCGAGGUGGAACGGGAGCAACAGAUUGCGAUUCUCGUCGGCGUUCUGAUCGACAGGAGCCAGACUGAUCACUUGGGGUGGAUAAAGAAGCAGCUUUCCGAUGCAGAGAGCGAGCGGCGAGCGUGGGAAAACGCCGAGAGGGCCCUGGCAGCCGAACGGCCAGACGAUGAAGUAAUGGCCGGGUCUGCCGAGGCAAUCGCCGCCAAAACGCCCGAUCACGUCACCAUGCGGCCAGACACCGAUGCGCGCCGCACAGCCAUGUUCAAGAACCCGCACCUCCGCCUCCUCAUGAAACUCGUCGGCCUAGAGCGCCUCGCCCCAACUCUCGACGAAACUCCCGACGCAAUCUGGAUUAUCCCGGGCACCCUCACCGCCGACGCCCUCAAGGAAACCAUCUCCCUCAUCAACAAAGCCGAGUUCACCCCACCAAUUUUUGACGACGGCGAACUUGCCGAGGACCAACUCCGCCGCAAAACCGCCCCGCGCAAACGCGCCGCCUACGAUGACGACGACAACCUCGACGGCAUCAACGACCUCAUCAACGACGGCUCCGACGACGACGGCGACGACGGAACAGGCAUCCUAUUCCCCGCCGGCGGGCCCACCGCGCGCAAACGCACCGCGCAAGACGAGCCCCCCAAGAAACGUCUCCAACGCCGCCGCCGCCGCGGGGGCUCGGACGACCCCGACGCGGACACGGCAGAAACGGACGCGCAGGCGGAGGCUCGCGCCCGCGCCCGCCGCAAGAAGGAGCUCGAGAAGGCGCGCAAGAUCAAGUCCGAGAUGUAUGUCGAUCCGCGCGAGGACGAUUCGGAUUACGAGGGGAAUAAGGAGCGCGAUCGGCUGUUCUUUGCGCGCGAGGAGGAGCGCCAGGCUGUGAAGGAUGCCACGUUUGGGUUGAGUAGUCGGCCGGAGGGGGUCGGGGAAGGGGCGUGGGAGGCGUUGGUGGGCGCGGUGAUGGGUGGUGGGGAUGGGGAUGAUGGGGAGGGGGAGGAUGCGGUGGUGGGGGAGAGGCCUCCUAAAGUGGGGGGAAGGAAGAGGAAGUCGGGGGUUGCGGACCUGGCUGAGUCGGGUGGGGAGGAUAGUGAGGAGGGGGAUGAGGAUGAUGAGAGCAGAUCGGAGGAGGAUGGGAGUGCGGUGUCGGAGGCGGAGGCGCCUGCUGCGGCGGGGAGAAGGCCGAAUAAGAGGAGGAAGCCUGCUCAGAAGAAGAAGAAGAGGGUGGUUGAUAUCAGCAGCGGCGAGGAUGAUGAUGUGGGUAUGGAUAUGGACGUCGAUGUGGACGCGGACGCGGACGCGGACGCCAUGGACUUCACGCAGUCUAGCAAGGACGGCGCGGUCACGAAUGACACGCCUCUGUCGUCUGAUCCCAGUCGGACGACCAAACCAGGCGGUGCUGAGGGGUCUGGAGAUAAGGGCGGUGGGGAGGAUGAGGAUGAGGAUAUGCCGGUGGCGAAACCGGUUGCUAGGGCUCGGCCAAGGGCGAGGGCGGGGUUCAUUGUUGAGAGUAGUGAUGAGGAGUAG